CUCCGGUCCGCCGGAAAGGCGCCUCCGAAGUAGUCAAAACAGCAACGCGCAGGAGUGCGCGCGACUCGCCUUCUCCAUCCAGUUCUCCGCCCCUCUCUAGUCUCCCCCUUCUCUCUCUCACGCCUGGACUGGACUGCAGCCGGGGAGGGAGGGAGAAGAAAAAUCUCCCCAGGGCUGGCAGGUCGCCGGUCUCGCCGGCCUUCUCAGACCACCCGCAUUGCCCUUGCCCGCCCAGCUAUAAGUACUCGCCGGACAAGGCGACCACUCAUCCAAUCCCCAUCUCAUCCAUCUCGGAGCAGAGGCAAUCCAACGAAAAGGCGCUUCUUUCCCCGGUCGAAACAGAGUUGCAGGAGAAGGAAUCGUUGAGGGGGGCUUCUUGCUCUUUUCCUGGGUCCAGUGGUGGCAGCUGCUGCUGAGGUAAAGAUUUGGGCUCAUACAUUCAAAAAAAAAGAUUUGGGCUCUGAGGUGUUGCGGGGCGGAGUGAGGAUGGAAUUCGCGGUUACCGACGAGCUGCUGGGCACAUUCGUGCCGAUUGCGGUGUACUGGCUCUACUCGGGGCUGUACAUCGUUCUUGACGGGCUGGGCAUGGACGACUACCGGCUCCACCCCAAGGGGGAGGAGGUCAAGAACAUUGUUUCCAAGUGGACAGUCGUUAGGGGCGUCCUCGUGCAGCAGGCGUUCCAAAUCGCCGUUUCGCUACUCCUCUUCACGGUUCUUGGUGAUGAGAGUGGAACUGUGAGGAAGCAACCUUCCGCUCUGGUAAUAGCUUUGCAAUUUAUCAUUGCUAUGUUCGUUAUGGACACAUGGCAAUACUUCAUGCACAGAUACAUGCACAUCAACAAAUUCCUGUACAAGCACGUCCACUCCAAGCAUCAUACCCUUGUCGUUCCGUACGCCUUUGGAGCUCUCUACAACCACCCCCUGGAGGGACUCAUCCUGGACACCAUCGGGGGUGCGCUCUCCUUCCUCAUCUCCGGCAUGACCCCAAGGACAGGCAUAUUCUUCUUCUCCUUCGCGACCAUCAAGACAGUCGAUGACCACUGCGGCCUGUGGCUCCCCGGGAACAUCCUCCAUGUCUUCUUCAGCAACAACAGCGCUUACCAUGACAUCCACCACCAGCUCUAUGGCAACAAGUACAACUUCUCGCAGCCCUUCUUCGUCAUGUGGGACAAGAUCCUCGGAACAUACAUGCCUUACACCCUCGAGACCCGCAAGGGAGGCGGGUACGAGGCGCGCCCGGUCAAGCUCAACCAAGCACAGCAGACCAAGGCUGAUUAAGCCAUGCUGCUUCUCCUGUUUUCUCCUACUUGCCCUGAUCUAUUUUUUUUCUCCCUUUUUCUGACUGCAUUUGUGUUGUAGAAGUAUUUUCCCUGUCCAUAUAGUAAAAUCCUUUAGGCAGAUGCCAUCUUGUACCAAGAUAUAGCAAAUAAAAGAUCGUGUUAAAGGAAAUCCACUCAGACUUUUGUUUC